AUGAUUAUUAAAGAUUUUGUUGUGGAUAAAGAUACUGAUAUUCUUGCUUUGACGGAAACUUGGCUCCCUCCAUGUGGGAACGAUUUGAUUAUUGGGGAUCUAUGCCCAACAGGUUAUAGUUUUCUGCAUACACCGAGACAUGGAUCAAUCGGUGGGGCGUUGGUCUCUUAUUCAAGGAAAGUCUUAAUAUUAAGCGUAUUAAUAGGAGGUAUUUAGGUCAUUUGAAUACCUUGACAGUUCUUUUUUGAACUUUCUACAUAUUAGAAUUAUUGUUGUAUAUCGGCCGCCUCCUUCAUCGGCUAACUCAUUGACAUCUACUCUAUUCUUUGAAGAGUUCUCAUCCUUUUUGGAAGGAAUUAUUGUAUCACCUGGGCAACUCUUGAUAGCUGGAGAUUUCAAUUUUCAUCUGGACAAUCCUAAUGACCCUCUUACCAAACGGUUCGUGGAUCUUCUCGCUUCCUUUGAUUUGAAGCAGUACAUUUCUGGAUCAACACAUGCAAGUGGUCACACACUGGAUUUAAUUAUAACGCGAUCUGAAGAAAACAUUGUUAACCAUUACAAUAUCUUCGAUCCUCUGAUUUCUGAUCAUUCAGUUGUGCAUUUACAACUAUUGAUUAGGAAAUCGAAGUUUGUGAAGAAACAUUUGCUUCUUCGUAAUUUGCGGGCGGUUAAUAUUCAUAAAUUUAAAACGGAUGUACUAAAUUCUUUUCUUCUUAAGAAUUUUACGACUAUGGAUUUGGUAUCAUUGGUGUAUGAGUAUGAUUGUCUUCAUACUAUCUUAGAUAACCAUGCACCGAUUAAAUCCCGGGAAAUUACAUUGCGCCCUAAGGCACCCUGGUAUACUAACGAAAUCAAUGAUAAGAAACGAAUUCGGAGACAACUUGAGAAAAAAUGGCAUAAAACAAGGACGAAUGCUGAUUGGAAUCGCUAUAAACAACAAUGUUAUGCUGUAAAUAAACUUAUCGACUCCUCAAAAUCGGCUUACUAUACCGACUUAAUUAAUAAUGGAUCAUCUGAUCAAAAAACCCUUUUCAAGACUGUAAGCAAUUUGCUGCAUACAAAUACGAUUAUUCGCUAUCCAUCUUCUCCUGACCCAAUGUCACUUGCCAACUCAUUUAGUGAUUUCUUCACUCAGAAAAUUGUUAAAAGACGAGGUGAUAUCGAAGAUGAACUCUUGAGUAAAAACAUAGAAAAUCCUAUACCUGAUGCUGAUUCAUGUCCUUAUGAAUUUCACACCUUCAGGGAGGUUGGAAAAGACGAAGUGCUCCAUUUAAUCCAACGUAUCGCAACUAAAUCCUGUUCUCUGGAUCCACUCCCGGUAGUCAUGCUAAAUCACUGUUUUAAAGACAUCUUACCCGUUGUAGUUAGAAUAAUCAACCUCUCCUUGGAAAGUGGUACAAUGCCUGACUCUUUGAAGAUUGCUGUUGUUCAACCGCUAUUAAAAAAGUACAAUCUUUCCUAUGAAGAAUUCUGCAGUUUUCGUCCAAUAUCAAAUCUGAAAUUUGUCUCUCGAAAUCUAUUGAGAAAGCAGUUGCUGUACAAUUAA